AAUCGUUUGAGUAAAACCAUCUCUACUCAAAGAAUCUUGCUGGUGACAGAAGGAUUUCCUAUUUGUAGAACUAGACUGAAAUGGUAAGCAUAGAAAAAUCCAAGACACCACAGUAAGCUCUUCUUUUCUGUGUAAUAGGACUUGAAAGGAGAAAAAGGAGAUAAAGGAUCAAGAGGACCUCCAGGGCCGAUGGGGUUUACAGGGCCAGUUGGUGACUCUCAAAGUGAAAAGGGUGACCGAGGAGAGCCAGGAGCACAGGGGAAUCCUGGAAAAGAAGGUGCCCCAGGUCCACCUGGUUUACCGGGACAGAAGGGUGAACAGGGCAAGCCAGGACUGGCUGGAAGGCAAGGAGCUAAGGGGAUGAAAGGAAACCCUGGUCCACCUGGAGCUUGUGGACGAACUGAGUAUUAUGAUUAUGUGGUUGGUGAAAAAGGGGAUGAAGGACCCCCUGGGCCUCCAGGACCAAAAGGUCAACGUGGCAUGCCUGGGCCACAGGGUCCUCCUGGAGCUGCUGGUAGACCAGGUGUGUCAAGACCUGGUCUGAGAGGGCCCCCAGGAUUUCCUGGCCCAAAAGGAGCAAAAGGAGAGAGAGGACAACCUGGCUUGUAUAUUGUAGGCCCUCCAGGACUGCCUGGUAUUACUGGCAGGCCUGGUUCUGUUGGAUUGCCAGGUCCUCCAGGAGAACCAGGUAGAGUAACGUUUGGAACUGGCCUACCAGGCCUUCCUGGAGAGCCAGGGUGUACAGGACCUCCAGGACCUCCAGGAGAUACUGGCAUGAGAGGUGAUGAUGCUGGUGUGUGUACUGAUUGUAGCUACAUUCCAGGAAUGCCUGGUCUUCCUGGGUCUCCUGGGCCUCGUGGUCAGGAUGGCAUGCCUGGUAGAGAUGGAACAACAGGUCCAAAAGGUUCUCCAGGUUCUCCAGGAGCACCAGGGUUUCCAGGGGCCCAAGGACCUCCAGGUUUUAGAGGAGAACAAGGACGUAAAGGAUCAAAAGGUGAGCCAGGAUAUGUACAUCCAGAAGGGCCAAAAGGUGAGCGAGGAGAUCCAGGAGCCAGGGGAGAAAAAGGAAGAAGAGGUUCAAGUGGAUUUAUGGGAAGACCUGGCUCUAAAGGAUCCAAGGGUUCUAAAGGUGAAGAGGGAUUGGCUGGAUCAAAAGGAGAUAGAGGAGUACCUGGAUUGCCUGGCAGACUUGGGCUUCCUGGAGAAAUGGGGCUUCCUGGACUGCCAGGUUAUGGACCACAAGGAGUUAGAGGUUCUAAAGGCUCUAAAGGAAUACCUGGCCCACCUGGAUUACCUGGAGAAGCUGGUCUGAAAGGAGAGACCAGUAGGGCAACUCCAUUACCUGCAUUGCCUGGACCUCAGGGACCACAUGGUUUACCUGGACCCCCAGGAGUGCCUGGCAGGGUUGGAACAAGAGGUCAGCCGGGUGAUCCAGGACAUCCAGGACCAACAGGUGACACAGGCUUUCCAGGGCUUGGGUUUCCUGGAAACCCAGGUCCAAAAGGAGAUAAAGGACUUGCAGGAGGCAGAGGGCCACCAGGCUGUGAAGGAAAGACUGGAGAUCCAGGCCGAGCUGGAAACCUAGGACAGCCAGGACAAAAGGGUGAGCCAGGCAUGGUUAUUCCUGGAGAGCCAGGAAGAAUGGGUUCACCAGGAAGUCAUGGCAGUCCUGGCUCAAAAGGUGAAGAUGGGCUUCCAGGACUCCCAGGUCUACCAGGGCAUCCUGGGCAUGAUGGUGAUGAUGGCCUAAGAGGAGAUCGUGGCUCACCUGGAGUUCCUGGAGACCCGGGAUUUCCAGGGAGACCUGCUGAAUGUCUUAUUGGCCUGCCAGGUUUGCCAGGUGGCCAGGGAGCUACAGGCCCACCAGGAGGAAGAGGUUUACAGGGUUCAAAAGGAAACCUAGGUCCUCCUGGUUUGAGUGUCCCGGGAAUCUAUGGAAAGCCUGGGGAACCUGGAUUAAUAGGUCUUCAGGGAAGUAUGGGAUUACCUGGACCCAAGGGACAGUCUGGAAGACCAGGAAUCUCUGGUUUGCCAGGUGCAAGGGGAGAUCCAGGUGUAAUGGGACUGUUAGGAAUUCCUGGAUCCCCUGGCAUGGCUGGAAUACCAGGCAGCCCAGGAAUCAGAGGUUCUCCUGGCUUCCCAGGAAUAAAGGGAAGAAAAGGGUUUCUUGGAGAUAAAGGUGAACCAGGUGAUAAAGGUUUUCCUGGACCAUCUGAGACGUUGGUUGGUAUUGGGGACAAAGGAGAACGAGGUUUAAAAGGAGUUCAAGGCCAAAUGGGUGUAAGGGGAGACAAAGGAGAUGUUGGUGUGCAAGGUCCCCCAGGUGUUGAUGGGUCUGAAGGAAUGCCUGGUCUACCAGGAGCCAAAGGAUUUAUGGGUCUUCCAGGGAUUCCUGGAGGACAAGGAUUCCCAGGUGCACUCGGAGACCAAGGGAACAUGGGAAUUCCAGGUCCAAAAGGCCAGAAAGGAUCUCCAGGCUUUCCAGGACCAUCAGGGGACCCUGGUCCACCAGGCUAUGGUGGCUUUCCAGGUGACAAAGGAGAUCCUGGGUACCCAUCUGCUGGGCCUCCAGGAGAACCUGGUCCAAAGUAUGAGCUGGGUAGCCCCAAUGAGAUUGCUGUCAAAAACGUUAUUAGGAAUUCCAAGAAAAAAAAAAUGCAUGUCAGUAUUUUGUAUAGCUGCAUCUUACCUAAGGAAUGGAUGUUUGGAUCAAAAGAAGAGCUGGUAGAAUAA